GAAGAUGAAAGGAUGAGUGCCACAGACAGUGACAUGGAGACCCUGGAGGCUGACAUUUAAAACAUCCAGGCUGCCAUUGACAGCCUCAACACAGCAGUGCAGGCAAACAUGCCAUCGUCAAAGACCAGGGAUGGAGAUUCAGCACUAAUGAUGGCGGGUCACACUAAUGUUGUUGUGGAGCUGGUGAAAGCAGGAGCCAAGUUGGAACUACAGAAUAAUGUGCGAAGCUACAUUUAACAACUCCUGUAGGUCGUACACACUUAACCUGCAUUAUUAUAAUGUUCUCAUCCGUUUCCUUUAUCCUUUUAUCCUAAAACAUUUGAGGCUGCAAUGAGGUCAUACAUUACAGGUUAUCCUUUGUUGUGUCCAUAGAAAUAAUAAUUAUGUGGAAGGACAUCAGAUCGGCGAGGGUUAGGACCUGGGCUGAAGCUGGUCUUGCUAGCAAGACCCACUCCAGCCAAAACCUGUAACAUGGUGUCAUUAGCAUCCCCUUUGCACGUGGCUUGUGUGCUGCUCCUUCCCUUUUUGAAACUUGAGUCAAAAUCCACUUUCCGAAGCUAAAUUUGCACCUCUCAGACCCUCUUUGUCAUAAUCUGCGGAAAUCUAUUCUCAUCUCUCCACAGGAUGGAGACACAGCAGCCAUAAUGGCUGUAGAGAGAUAUGAACCAGCCACUCUGAGGGAGCUAGUGAGGGCAGGGAGUGACCUCAACCUCCAGAACCAGGAGGGACUCACUCCACUAAUGAUAGCUGUCAGGAGUGGGAGAACUGACAUUACUAAUAUUCUAUUGGAGGGAGAACACGUCAACCUGGACAUUCAAGAGAAGAGCACUGGCUGGUCAGCUCUCCACUUCUCUGCUGAGAGAGGAGACUCAGCUACCACAGAAGCACUGCUCAAGGCAGGAGCUAAUCCUCACGUCAAAGACAAGAACGGGUUAACGGCCCUGGAGAUUGCCCAAGUCAAAGUCACAAAAACAGUUGCACCUGACUGGGGUUCUGACCCUGCUGAUGAGGAACAACCAUGCUAUGAAGCAGUGAUAUCUCUACUGAGAGAACACAUUGGAGAAGGGUCAACUACUCUAUCCAGUCAUCAUGUGAGUGUACAGAAUGAGAUAAUA